AUGAACUCCAUCACACAUCAACAGAAGAGCACCCCAGCACUCAAGAAAUCCAAGUCUCUGCAGCAAAUCAACCACUUCACAGACGUGCAGGGGCUGCCCUGCAUUGAGAAGCUUGUGAGCUCGGUUGAGGAAACUCUUGAUCCCAUCAACACCGCCAUCAUCGGCAAAAUCCCAGAAUGGAUCAAUGGGAGCUUCCUGAGGAAUGGGCCUGGGAAGUUCGAGAUCGGAAACCAGAAGUUCAACCACUGGUUUGAUGGUAUGGCUCUACUGCACCAGUUCAAAAUUUCUCACGGUCAGGUGACUUACAAAAGCCGCUUCCUGGCCAGUGACAGUUACAAAGCCAACAAGGAGAGCAACCGCAUUGUAGUGUCUGAGUUUGGGACGAUCACCACGCCGGACCCGUGUAAAAACUUCUUCCAACGCUUCCUGUCAAGAUUUGAGAUGCCAAAGCCCUCAGAUAAUGCCAAUGUGAGCUUUGUGACCUACAAAGGAGAUUAUUAUGUCAGCACGGAAACCAAUAUCAUGCACCGGGUGGAUCCUGAGACACUACACACAACCAAAAAGGUAAACUGGAGCAAAUUCAUUGCUGUGAAUGGAGCCACAGCCCACCCUCACACUGAGCCUGAUGGGACAACAUACAACAUGGGGAAUUCCUACUCAGCUAAAGGAGGACUCUACAACAUCAUCCGGGUGCCUCCAACUAAAGAAACAGAAAAUGACACCCUGGAGGGAGCCACAGUGCUGUGCAGCAUUACCCCUGAUGACAAGAAUAAACCCUCCUACUACCACAGCUUUGCAAUGUCGGAGAACUACAUUGUGUUCAUUGAGCAGCCCAUCAAGAUGAACCUGAUGACGAUUGUAACAGGCAAGCUGAGAGGAAAGAGCAUCAGUGAUGGCUUUUCCUGGGACCCAUCUCUCAAGACAGUUUUCCACUUGGUUGACAAGAAGACAGGGAAGGUGAGCUCCGUCAAGUAUCUUGCCCAGGCGUUGUCAACCUUCCACCAGAUCAACUCAUACGAGGAGGACAGCUUCUUGAUCGUCGAUAUGUGUGCUUCAGAUGAUGGACAGUCAAUCUAUAAUUACAACAUCCAGAAUCUGCGAAAGUCUGGAGAAGCUCUUGAUGAGGUGUAUAACACCUUAUGUAGAGCGUUCCCGCGGCGUUUCGUGCUGCCUCUCAAUGUCGACCAUGAUACACCCUAUCACCAGAACUUGAACCGGACCAACACUACAGCCACUGCUAUAAGAACUGACAAGAACAAGGUGUUCUGUACCCACGAGGACCUCCACGGGGACGACCUGGACCAAUAUGGUGGUAUGGAGUUCCCUCAGAUCAACUAUGGCAAGUACAACACUCACCCGUACCGCUACUUCUACGGCUGCGGCUUCAGACACCUGGUAGGAGACUCACUAAUCAAGAUGGACCUCAAUGGAAAACACAUGAAGGUGUGGGAACAACCGGGUCUUUAUCCAUCUGAGCCAAUCUUCGUACCCUCGCCUGAUGCCACGGAGGAGGACGACGGUGUGGUCUUGUCUGUUGUCAUCACCCCGAACAAGGAAAAGAGCACAUUCCUCCUGGUUUUGGAUGCCAGGACAUUUGAGGAGCUGGGCCGAGCUGAGGUGCCAGUCAACAUUCCCUAUGGUUUCCAUGGAGCAUUCAAUGCCACAGCAUAG